AGGCACAGAAACAAUCCAUCCAUCACAACACAACUUCCACCAUGUUUUUUCCAUGCUUGACUUUUUUGUCUCUGGUUAUUCUUCCGCACCCAAAGAUUGUAAAAUUACCCCCACAAAGUGCAAGUCUGCAAAACCUGCCAUCACACAGAGAACCCCAUGAGACACAAAACCCCAAACGACACACUGCAAACAAAUCACAAAGAGUUUCUUCAAAAAUGUCUCCUAAACUAUAAUUAGAGUAAGUUAGGGGAACACUUCAAACCAUAAUGUAUUCUAAGCCAACUUGCAAACAGAGCACUUUCAGAUUCCUUUUUAUUUCCUCAGUAGUUAGUAUUUGCUGGGCUGUUUUGCAUUCUGAGGAGCAUUUAUUGCUGCCAGGCAAACCAAACCCUUAAGCGCUUUAAAUUAACGUCCUGAUCCUAUCAAGGCCAGCUUCCCAAAUAUAUAUAAGGGGUUAGCAUCACUGGUGUCACUCCAGCAGGAUCUCUGUUCCUCUCCUGCAGAAGAGCUUCCCCUAAACUUCCAUAUUCCACCUCCAAGUAAGCCACGAUGAGCAGACAGGCGCCUACAGUGAGAUCCGUCCUGGGACGAAGAGGCUUUAGUUCGGCUUCGGAGAUCUGUGGUCGCAGCUACGCUGCCUCUGCCUGCCAGCCUGUGCGCUGCGGAGCCGGUGCCUACAGCAGCAGGAGCGUCUGCAACCUUGGUGGAAACAGGAGAAUUUCCUACGUGAAUGGGGGCUGUGGAAAUGGAUGUUUUGGAGAGCUCGGCUUUGGAGGUGUAGGCUACGGCAGUGUUGGAGGAAGGGUUGGUCUUUGUGGCCCCAGGGGAUAUAGCAUUGUGAGAGGGUACCCCGAUCGCAAGGCUGAGGGUAUCCAAGGCAUCUGCAUCGAUGAGAGGCUUCUGAAGCCCCUCUGCGUUGGUGUCGACCCACUGGAACAUGAAAUACGCUGCCAGGAGAAGGAACAGAUCAAGACCCUCAACACUCAAUUUGCCUGCUUCAUCGACAAGGUCCGAUUCCUGGAGCAGCAAAACAAAGUGCUGGAGACAAAGUGGGGCCUCCUGCAGCAAUAUGUCCUGCCAAAGAAAGGGAAAAACCUGGAGCUCUACUUCGAGAAUUACAUCUGCGACCUAAGGAAGCGCCUGGACUGCUUGCUCUGUGAGAAGCAAAAACUGGGCAGCGAAGAAUGUGCCACGAGCCAGCUGGUGGAGGAGUUCAAGUGCAAAUAUGAAGAGGAAAUCAACAGGCGCACGACUGUGGAGAAUGAGUUUGUGGCACUCAAAAAGGAUGCAGACUGUAUCUUUCUGAACAAGGAAGAGCUGGAGGUGAAGGUGGAUCUGUUAAGAAGGCAGCUGGAGUUGUUGAAAUGCGUGUUCGAGGAGGAACGAGCUCAGGUAGAUCGGCAGCUAUGCGACACUUCGGUCAUCGUGAAAAUGGACAACAACCGAGACCUGGACAUGGAAAGCAUCAUCAAGAACGUUGAAUGUUGGUACCAAGAAAUAGCUCAGAAGAGCAAAGAAGAAGUUGAUGCUUUCUAUCAAACCAGGUUUCAGGAGCUUCAGGAUAAGAGAGGCAAGUAUUGCGACGACCUGCAGAGCAAUAAGUGUGAGAUUUCAGAGCUAACCCGUAUGAUACAGAAGCUGCAGUGUGAACUGGAGAACGUGAAGAAGCAGGUCUCCUGCCUGCAAACCUCCAUUUGUGAUGUUGAACAGCGUGGAGAUUGUGCCCUCAAAGAUGCCCGGGAGAAGCAUGUUGAGCUGCAGAAUGCCCUUCAGAAGGCCAAGGAUGAGCUGGCUUGCAUGCUGAGGGAUUACCAGGAGCUGCUGAAUGUCAAGCUGGCCUUGGAUAUUGAGAUUGCAACGUAUAAGACUCUACUGGAGGGUGAAGAGAGCAGGAUAUGUGUGGGGAACCCAGUGAGCGUGUCUGUGGUCAGCAGCGGCUACAACAUCCCUGACGACUGUGGGAUGCUGGCUGCAAACGCGGCUGCGUGCGGCUACGGCUCCUUGGGAAGGCGAUCCGGACGGCACAGCUCCCAGAAUGGAGGAUUCAGCUCCCGGAGCGCUGGGAUCCACCCCAAGAGAGUCAUUAGCUCGGUGGCCAAGCAGUGUGUCCCAGAGGUGUACUGCCAAGCCGGAGCUGUCAACUGCAAGAAUGGGGGAUUCAGCUCCCGGAGCGGGGGUUACCCAGCCCGCACCGUCAUCAGCACGGGGAACGGGGGCUUGAAUGCUCGCAUGGGGCCGUGCCAAGCUGGUGGGGUGGUCAGCUUUGGAAACCAGGGCUGCGUUGUCAGGCAGCUGGGGGGCUCUCCCGUCGUCGUUGCGAACAGCCCUGAGGUUGUGGGGUGCAACAACGGCGUGGUGGGGAACUACGCGGUUGUCAGAGACCCCUGUGUUGUGCCGUAGGGCCA